AUGACUCGCGCGAAACAUCAACGUUAUACUCGUUCCAGCGAUUUGACUCUGAAAGAGGAGCUUGAUAAUUUUCUUACCGAACACAUCAAAUACUUACAGAGAGAAAAAAAACGAGUUGAACGGUUCUUCAAAGAAAAUGGAAUAAAUGGCGAAAAUUUAGAAACAAAUUUGGAAGAAUUAGAAAAAAUCAUUAAAGAAAGAGAUGAAUUAAAGGAGUGUAUAGACAAACUUAUUGAAGAAAGCAAUGAAUUUAAAAAGAGCAUAGAUGAAAAUAAAAUUACACGAACAUUCUCACGUUGUGGUGAAGUAAUAGGAGGAGCCCAACGAGAAAUCAGUGAACUUCACGAUGACAACCAACGUCUUCGUCAGGAUCUUGAAGUCAGGAGAAGGCUUGGCAAGAAUAGGAUUGCUAAUCAAAAUGUACAAAUAAGAAAUUUACAGGAAAGAGUAGAACAAAGUGAAAGAGGAAUGCCGAUGUUGACAAGACAAAAUGCUUUUCGUCUCGACCAUAAUAUGGAUACAGAUGCUUUCCGUCUCGACCAUAAUAUGGAUACAGAUGAAUAUAAUUAA